UGAUGGACAAGAUGGAGGUCGCAGCCAGAAUUGUGCAUUUUUAGUUCAGUUGACUUGAUUUUUAGCGUUUAUUUUAUGGUUUUGUAGCGGUGUGCUCAAAAGCAAUUUAACCGAAUGUUUAAAUGCAACAUAACGAUUAACUGAUAUAAAAAGGACGGCAAACCAGUAUAUAUUUCAAUGCAGCAUGUCUGAAACUUUUUCUCCUGGGAAAGACCAACUUUGUGACGAAGGCGACGGCGUGAAAGAGGGCGUUUGUCCAUGUUUUCCCGAACAAAGUAAAAGUGUCUCUACAGGACAUUUGACUCGGGAGCACAGUCUCGCCGGUGGGCAGCCUUUGGUGUCCGCAUUCAAGCAGAUGAAACUGGAGCGAGAAGCCCAGAAAAACUGGGACUUGUUUUACAAAAGAAACACAACACAUUUCUUCAAAGACAGACAUUGGACCAGCAGAGAGUUUGAGGAGCUCAAGGCGUGCAGAGAGUCCAAGUCCCAGAGGCUGGUUCUGCUUGAGGCUGGCUGCGGUGUGGGGAAUUGCAUCCUCCCUCUGCUGGAGGACGAGGGCAACAUCUUUGUUUACGCCUGCGACUUCUCGCCGAGAGCUGUGGAGUUUGUCAAAAAAAAUCCUCUUUGCAGUGCUGAGCGCUGCACGGUCUUCCAGUGUGACCUCACCCAGGAUGACCUGCGGGACAACGUUCCCGAGGGAAGCGUGGAUGUGGUCACGCUCAUCUUUGUGCUGUCGGCCAUCCAUCCCGCCAAGAUGACGCUGGCCGUGCGCAACAUCAGUACGGUGCUGAAACCCGGCGGCAUGGUUCUCUUCCGAGACUACGGCCUGCACGAUCACGCCAUGCUGAGGUUCAAAGCGAGCAGCAAACUGGCAGAGAACUUCUACGUGCGGCAGGAUGGAACCAGAUCCUACUUCUUCUCAAAAGACUUUUUGGCGGCGCUCUUCUCGGAAGCGGGCCUCCAGUGUGAGGCCAACGAGUACGUCCUGAGAGAAACGGUCAACAAGAAGGAAGGGCUUUGUGUUCCCAGAAUUUUCCUGCAGAGCAAGUUCAUCAAACCGGGCCAACACCAGAACUCCUGACCACAUCUGACAAGUGUGAAGUCAUGUACAGACGCUCUGAAGGUUUCAGAAGUGAGUGAAUUAAAUGCUUUCACAGCCACACAUUUGUUGACUAAUAGUUAUACUUGAUUGACAUCGCUAUGCAGUGGUUAUGGUAUCCGCGUGUCCACACCAACCAAAUGAUUUGUAAACAUCAUUUCACCUGGAAGCCACAAUACAGUGGAUCCCCGCGCAAUCGAGAUUUAACAUUCACAGCUUUUUUUUUUUUUUUUUACCAAAUAUAGGCUAUUUUUUUUCCACAGAAAACUAAUCUCGUUCACCCUAAGUCAAUAAUAAUUUGUAAAUAUAAGAGAGUACAGGUAAACUAAACAGCAUACAUGCACCACUGUUCAGAAGCCCACAAUUUGUAUACGUUUAUGUCUUUAUGCUUCACAGAUGAUGUUUUUCAUCAAAUGUUGCAAUUAACGCACCGUAAUUGUGUGCUGUGACUUGAAAUGGAAAAGUUGGUUUGGCUACGGAAGCAUUCAUUAGUAGGGGUUUCCCGAGCUGAUAUUCAUAUCAGAUAUCGGGUCGAUAUCAGCAAAAAAUCAAGUAUUGAAGUGAAUCGGCCUGCAUCUCCGAUGCAAACAGUCCAUUCCAGACUGCCCAAGCACAUUUCUCAAACAGCGGCCAGGUAGAGCCCACGUGAUCACAGCAACAGCAUGUGCUAAGUAGCAAGGAGUAGGAGUGAUGUUGGCUGUGUUUUUCGUUAAAGUUGGAUAUUAUUAAUAUUGUUGGAAUUUGAAAAUUGUCAUGAAAAUGGGACAUGCAGAAAGACUUGCCUCUCAACAGAAAUCUACUGAUUCAUCAUUUCCUCAUACUGCGUCAUCUAAAUGUGUAUAUGUGCCCAAUUAUUCAAUAAACACCAUAAAUAUAUCGCCAAGAUUACAAAGUCUGCUCUGUUGCAUGUAAACGAGAUGGAAAAGUAACAUAAAAGGGGGGGAGAAGUCUGCACAAGACGUAUUACCCGUGACACGAUUGUGUUAGUGUGCAACAAGUUAAUAUUCACAUGAUACACCACCAUGGAAACAGCGCAGCCAAGCGAUGAAGGGCACAUACAAGAAUGUAUUCAUGCAGACUGAUUUAGUGGAAGAACGCAGAUAGACAUGUUAAAAGCGCUGUUUUCAUCCGCUGCAUUCAUUAUAUCUGACACGGAAGAUGAACUUUCACUGCUGUUUGACAGCCUUGUUUUCAACUAUUUACUGUUUUUAUGCAACACACCAUACACACUCUCACAUAAUUGGAGCAAAUCAUUUGAACUAGGGACAGCGGAUAUGCAGCCGCCACGAGAUCGAGCCAAUCCGGUUGCCGUAUAACGUUUGUAACUCUGGGCCACACGCCACCAUUGUAGGUGCAGUAAUGCGCCUCAAAGCUGUUUGCCACUCAUCUCCCGCCACCCGCAAGAACAGGAAAACGCAACACAACCAUGCAGACAUGUCCACGGUGUACUGUGUUGACGUUAGUUUCACGUUGGAUAUUCAGCUUCGUAGCUACAGCGGUAGUUCCCCUUCAGUGUGCCCGGACUGCUGUGUCAUUGUGCGGGGAGCUCGCACAGGAAGUGCUGCUCUAACCGCUGGUUGUUUAUACUCGGGGCUGUCAAUAAAUGACUAUUGCGUUGAAGAGAGUUUGUUAAAAAAAGAAAGUCAUAUAUUGUAAAUCACACCACAAAUUGAUCUAUAACCAUGUGAAAUGAUUAGUCCUACCCUAAAACUAUUUUGCGCACCCGUUUUUCCAAUUUUGUCUUGUAUUGGAGUGGGGACGUGACUCACAGAGGUUUGUCACAUAAGCCAAACAAUAUUGUUGGUCAUGCUGUAUAAUAAAAAAGUAAGUUAAGCAAUAGUUGGCUUGCAUUAUUUUUAAUGCUUUGAAGAGCUAUUUUCAUAACCAUAGUCAAUAUUCCACAAAUUCAUGUUUGGAACAAAAGCUCAUUAAAAAAAGGAUUAGAGUGGAUCGGCGAGACUAUAAAAAAAAUUGGAUCGGAUUGGAGGCCAAAAAAUGCGGAUCGGGACAUCCCAAAUUUCAAUUAUUUAUUUGCAUUAAUCUGCCAACCAAUAGAUACAGAGUGUCUGUGGCUCUUUUGCAACGGUGCUGAUUGAUUCUCAACUGGUGGGGUGGGUCGCAGACAGCUUACAUUAAAUAAAAAAUGACAUUAAAAUGUGUAAUAGGUUACUGAUGUCUGACUUGUUUUGAAUUAAAAUGGAGGAAUAUUUCCUUCUUCCUAAUUUAUUUAGUGCAAUUUUUAUAUUUAUUUUUGAUGUAUGCAUUACUUGCGUGCUUGCAGUUAUCAUGUUCCUCCUCAUUUCCUUCCUCAAUUCCUCUAAAAUGCAGUCUGCACAGGUAAUUAUGUGUAUUCAUGCUUAAAAAGAUCAUAUACUUGUAGUUGAUUUGACCAAUGGGAAAUGUGGGUCCAAGGCUGAGACUAUUUGAGAUCCCCUGCUCUGAAAUAUCUGUAAUACUAUAUCACCUAAUAAUCAAUUCACCAAUGAGCGUUCAUGACCGGGGUGGCCACCGGGGGGCGUAGUCGGGUGAUAUUUUGAACAUUGAAAGAGCCGAUGACGUUACGCUUUUACAAAAUACUGUAAAUGAAAACGAACUAAUUUCCCCGCCAAGUCUGCUUUUUUCCCUCCAAAUAAAAGUCUAGACCACUGAUGGUACACUCAUGAGUAAACAAGUUAUUACUUACGUCGUUUUCUGCAUUACACGAACAUGAGCCAACGUGUUGAUGUGAGACUCUUUGCGAUCAGAAAAUAACAAACUUCAUCUUUGUUUUGGGAAUUGUAACCAUGACCUUAUGUGACCCUCGCGUGUCUGCGCGCGCGUGAGAGAGUGAGAGAGACAUGAUUUAGGUGCCUCGCUCAUCCUGAGGAAGCAGACAGAAGUCAAAAAGUUGCCAAAAGGUCAUGUGACCCCUCCAUCAUGGAGGUUUGGCCCGCUGUUACACAAUGACACUCCUGUAUGAGCGCAACAUGUCAUAAAAUGCUUGCUUUUUUAGUUGUACAGUCAUGGAAAAAAUGAUUAGAGCACCCUUGUUUCUUCAGUUUAUUGAUCCAUUUGAAUGCCUGGUACAACUAAAGGUACCAAAACUUGUUUGGACUAAUAUAUUGAUGAUAACAAAUAUAGCUCAUUUAAUUCAAGAGCUGAUAACCAGCAACUUCCAUGGUUUUCUUGAUAACCAAAAUCACUUAAGUUCUUAAAUGAAUAGCUGUAGUAUUGUCUGCCAAAAAAUGUAACUCUUAUCAGCUGUUUUUGUUGUCAUUGUUAUAUUUGUCCCAACAAAGGUACCUUUAGUUGUAUUGGGCAUUAAAAUGGAAACAUGGGUGGUCUAAUCAUUUUUUCCACGACUGUAUGUGAUUGUUCAUGGAAGCAAACGUUCUCCAGGUUGGAUUUGUUAGAUCUCACGUGUUCCAGCCCAAAGCCCAGUCAUCAUUGUGGCUCCACACUAAACUAAGGGCCGUAAAAUGCGACACAUACUUACUUAUAUUUUAAUAUAUGGUCCAUAGCAUUCAAGACGAAAGGGGAGGCACCGCUGGCGAUACAGAUUGGGUUGGCUGACUGGACGUUGCCACUGACAGAAGCAUGCUGAACAAACAUGAGUUACGGACGUUUCUACAGACAUUAGAUAACGGGCUUAUACGGUACAUGGACGGACAGCGACCAAACUUUUGAAACGAAGAUUGGCGUGGCGAUAUAACUUGGUGUUGAGCUGGUGCAUGGGGGGAGAGCUACUGGUCGACGUGGGCCUCUCACAGGUUCUGCACACCUGUUCUGAUACUUCUUGGCUGUAGAGAUCCUUGAUAUUGGUUGUCUUACCGAUUCUCUUUCCCAUAUGCUGAUAUUGUCCAGCACUACAUUACAGACUACUACCAAUAUUGGCAGCAGCUCUUCCCUCAAACUAAUGCUGUGAAAUGAAUACAUUACUCUCCGUUUACUGUGAUGUCACGGGAUGCCUUUCACAAACAAUGUAUCAUAAUAAUGUUAAUAAUGAAUUAGUAAUGUAAAACACACAUGAUAUCAAGUGUUUAUUAUCGAAAUAGAUUUAUUUAAACCAGCUACAGAAAUAUAUUGUUCUAUUAUAAAUAAAAUACAAAACCAAAGGCCCAUCUCAGGAGAUAAAUGAAGUCAAAAUAGGUCAGAUCUUUUCAUGCAAAUUUCUCGCAAACAAAUCGGCUCUAAGAGCUCCACAGAAUGUGUUUAACCCGACCCUCCCCUGCUCAGUGUGGACACAGAGACACAGCCGCACAUCUUGAACAAUGACAUUCGUCUUUAACAGAAAAAAAGACGAGGAAAAACACUAAUCGGCUCCCAACUGGCUCCCAACGACGCGAGCCGGCUCCUGUCGUUCAUUUCAAAGAGCCGGCUCUGAGAGCCGAUUCAUUCGCGACCGACACAUCACUAAUGUCAAGCCACAUCUCUCUGUUGUGACGGCAGACGGAGCCAAAAUAUCGUCUCCCCAGAGUCACACAGAGUCUGACGCUCUUGAAUAACUUUAUUCUGACCUGAACACCAUAUAUGCAUCUCCAACUCACAGACACGUCUCUAGUCCUCCUCACAACGACACUUCCUCAUUGUCACUAGACGACAGCGAGGUGCAUUCAGGGCCGCAUCAAUGUCUUUAUUAUGCAUGUAUGUGUGGUGAAAAUAAACAGAAAAAACAAAGGAAAAACAGAAAGUGGAUAUUCUUUUCCCUCACUAGCAUAACUCUUACUGCAGAAGUGCAAUUUGCUGCAUUUAAGUAUGCCUGCAAUUCCCAGAAAAUACAUCUACACUUAAAAACAGUGAAUCCAACUUAAAAGAAUCACGUGGUUCAAUAACGGUUUAAAUUGUGAUUCAAAUGUUCUGCUACUAUAAAAGACUACAUUUCAGAUUUUCAGACAUGUGUUGUCUUUUAGCAUGAUUUAAAUUUUCAGUGCAUUUGGAGCUGUUAAUACAUACAAGUAUAUUAAAUUGUGUCCUGUUAUUGGUCUUUUUGUUUAAAAAAUACAAUAAAAACGGCAUACUUCACACAUAGUUGCAAAUGGGGAUUGCUCAUGAUUAAUUAAUUUGAAAACGGAUUCAUUUGUAAUCAUUUGGCGGCCUUAUUUUUAAAAUUUUGUCUUAACAAAAUCGUCUUAAAAUAAAUAACCACUAGUCCACUAUUAUAAAAUGUCCUAUCAACAGCAAUGAUACAGUUUGGAAAGCUGCACAUUUCUGUGUGGCACAAACAUCCCCAUAAGAACAAAGUAAAGUGCAAAGUAUGAAACUAAGGACUAAUACAAUCAGUGAAAUUAUAAACUGGGUAUAUUUGGGUAGCUUUAUACAUUUCUUUGGUUUGCUUCUGCAGAUGUACUGCGCUAGCAAGCUACGAUGCUCCAUGGAGCGUGGUGCACUCGUGCGCUUCAAUCAAUAUCGGCAGAAAAAACAAUACAGAUAUGACCCGAUGUUUAAUUUCUAUGUCAGUAUCUGCCGAUAUUGUCGGGUAGUGCUAGCGGGCUGCUCCUUGAAGUUGUCCUUGUUCAACGGGCUUGUAUCAGCGGACUCUUCAUCACCACAACGUCACCAUCUUCUAUGCCGGAAACGCGAAAGACCUGCUAAACCUCACACACGUCACACAUCAACGUGAAAGAAGAUGGCGAGAUGGGAGUUAACUAUUUGAAAGGUAAAAGAUGGCAUUUUUAAUUUAGUUUGCUUUGUUAUGAGCUGCUUUUUGUUGAUCUAGCUUAGUAUCUGAUGUUGAAAGGGGUUGCCCAAGGCUCAGUACUUGCACUUGGUUGUAUCUUGAAAUGAUUUCUUUCACUGGGGUAGGGCUUAUCUAGCUAACAAUCAGUCAAUGACACAACCACUGAAACGCCACAGAAAGACAAAAAGUGGUGUGAGACCUAUAAAUAAGUCAAGUGGGAGCGUUUUCGCACAAGGGCAUGUUUGUGUGAUUGAAGAUCUCAGUUGAAAGUCUUGAGG